UUGUUCAACCAUUUUUGUGCGGUAAAAUGUGGAAACAGUGUCAUCUGGUGUCGAGUAUUGUAGUUUACAAUUAUUUCAAUGGAAACAAGAAAUUGUGAUUAUUGUGAUUUCGAUGAAUUAAUUGUGGAUUAAAUUGUCUCAAGUGAUGAAAAAUUGUCUGGUUUCAAUGGUUUACGCUAAUCGAGACUUGUUUAUCUGAUAUUUGUUUCUCUUUAUUUGAUGACAUAAUUCAUGGUAUUUGUUAAAAUACUUGAAGAUUUAUGAAUCUGGUCAAUCUGUAUCAAGUACAAUUAUGAAUUCAAAUCUUGUAAAGACAACAUUAGGAUUAAAAGAGUAAUAUCUGGGAACAUUGAGACAAUUGAGACAAAUUUGGGACAAUGGAACAUGAUGGAAUUAUUCUUCACAAUCAUGAUUCGUGUCCACCUCAAAUUACUUGUUUAACUUGUCCAGAUUUAUCGUGGGGAGGUUCUUGGAUGCUCAAUAAGUUGGUUAAAAAUGUUGUACACAGUGUUUCAACCAUCUCCAGAAAAACUCAGUAAUCUUCAGUUGAUAAACAACCAACACCAAACUACAUCAUUCGACAUAUGAGAUAACGAGUGAUUGUACACGUUAGUAUAGUUUCGAAUUGUGCUUCAAUUUCUUUAUUUGUGUUACUCCAAUUCUAUGUUCCAUUGCUAAAUUGUGAUUUACAAAUCGAUUUCGUCUUCGUUAUUAACUGACUAUCAAAAUGUGUGGUAUUUUUGCUUACAUAAAUUACUUAGAACCCAAAACGCGAAAAGAGAUUUUACAAUUUCUCAUUAGCGGCUUACAGCGUCUUGAAUAUCGAGGAUAUGACUCUGCAGGAAUUGCUUUUGACAAUGCUGAAGGAAAAACGGAAAUUAUUCGUCAAAGUGGAAAAGUCAAGGUUUUAGAAAAUGAAAUAUGGUCCCGUGAUGAUUUAAGUGUUGAUCAGUCUCUUGAUAUUCAUGUUGCAAUCGCUCAUACCCGAUGGGCAACUCAUGGUGCUCCAAGUCCUAUUAACAGUCAUCCUCAAAGAUCAGACGAGAAGCAAGAGUUUGUUGUCAUUCACAAUGGAAUUGUCACUAACUAUAAAGAUAUCAAACAGUUCUUGACAAAGAAAGGACUCACUUUUGAAUCAGAGACGGAUACGGAGAUUAUUGCUAAGCUAAUCAAGCACAUUCAUGAUAACCAUCCCGAUUUAACAUUCCGAGAGUUAGUCGAACAAGUGGCCUUACAAUUGGAAGGAGCAUUUGCCCUAGUUUUCAAAAGCAUCUUAUAUCCCGGACAGUGUGUGGCUACUCGACGAGGAAGCCCGUUGUUGGUUGGAAUCAAGACCAAAUCUUCUCUUUCUUCAGAUCAUAUUCCGGUUUUAUUCAGCUCCAAAGACAUUUUGGUGCGCUUACGAAGCUCUAGCGGUUUACGUGAAAUGGAUCUUCAGACAGAUUUGAAGCGGCAAAAAGAUAUUACACCAACUGGCUUGAUCGGGACUAAAAUACAAAGAUCUGAUUCAACGACAGAAUUCACGCCAUUAAGUGAUCACGCUGAAGUUGAAUAUUUUUAUGCUUCUGAUGCAAGUGCCUUUAUUGAACAUACAAAUCGGGUUAUUUUUCUCGAAGAUGAUGACGUUGCUGCUAUUGAAGAUGGCCGUCUUACAAUUCACAGAGUUCGUCGAGAUUUUGAUGAUAAAUCACCGUUAACCCGGGAGAUUAUUACUCUCAAAUUAGAAAUUCAAGCGAUUAUGAAAGGAAAUUUCAGUUCAUUUAUGCAAAAAGAAAUAUUUGAACAGCCGGAAUCUGUUUUCAAUACAAUGAGAGGACGAGUUAAUUUUGAGAAUGAAACUGUUAUCCUUGGAGGAAUUAAAGAUUACAUUCCAGAAAUAAAAAGAUGCCGUAGGCUUAUCUUGAUUGGCUGUGGGACAAGUUAUCACAGCGCUAUUGCAACACGAACUAUUUUAGAGGAAUUGACUGAAUUACCUGUCAUGGUCGAACUUGCUAGUGAUUUCUUGGAUAAUGAAAGACCCAUUUAUCGUGAUGAUGUUUGUUUCUUCAUAUCUCAAUCUGGUGAAACAGCAGAUACUUUGAUGGCCUUAAAAUACUGCAAGCAACGCGGAGCACUGAUUGUUGGAAUUACCAAUACCGUUGGAAGUAGUAUUUGUAGAGAAAGUCAUUGUGGUGUACAUGUUAAUGCAGGACCCGAAAUCGGUGUCGCUUCAACCAAAGCAUAUACUUCACAAUUCAUCUCUCUUGUUAUGUUUGCAUUGGUUUUAAGUGAAGAUAGAAUCUCAAUGAGACCACGUCGAACUGAGAUCAUUCAAGGAUUGAAAAUGCUACCAGAUCAGAUCAAUUCUGUUUUAAAACUAGAUGACCAAGUCAAAGCUAUAGCUGAAGAAUUAUACACUAAAGGAUCAAUCAUGAUUAUGGGUAGAGGUUAUAAUCAUGCGACUUGUUUGGAGGGAGCUCUCAAAAUCAAAGAGUUAACAUACAUUCCAUCAGAAGGUGUACUCGCUGGUGAGCUUAAACAUGGACCGCUCGCAUUAGUUGAUGAAGCCAUGCCAGUCAUAAUGAUUGUCACACGUGAUAAAGUGUACACCAAAUGCAUGAAUGCAGUUCAACAGGUUACCGCUCGAGGAGGUAGACCAAUUGUUAUAUGCGAAGAAAACGAUAAUGAAACUCCUACCAUGGCCUACAAACAUCUUAAAAUCCCUCACGUUGUUGAUUGUUUACAAGGAAUUCUAACCGUUAUUCCAUUGCAGCUCCUUUCAUAUCACAUUGCUGUACUUCGUGGAUGCAAUGUUGAUUGUCCAAGAAAUCUCGCCAAAUCUGUUACUACAGAGUAAAGUAAUAAGACAAGAAUGAAUCUGUCUUAGAAAGUACUUCAAGACCAUAAAAAACUCCAUGGGAUCAAGGUUCUUAGAGUGUCAAUUGUGAUUAUUACCUUUCAAAUUCACCUAAAAUACAGGAAACUGAAGGGUUUAAAUUUUCUUGUUUUUACUUCCCAAGUUAACUAUUAUCUAUUAACCUUGCAAUUUUAACACCUAUUUUUAACGCAUUACUAUUUUUACUUUAAACCUUUUCUUUCUAUCUUCUGCUGGCCAAAUGAUGACUUUAUCGACGGUAGAAGAUUAAAAAUAAUCCUUUUGAACAACAGUUCACCCUGCCAAUCAAAUUGUCUUUGUUGCACUAAGAAAAAUAACUUAUUUUUUGUAUUCAAAAAUUGGCGAUUUAAUUUUGUUAACCGUUCGAUAAUAAACAAAAACAUAAAAAAGUA